CCACACCGCCAUGGCGCGUCCCCGGGCGGAGCACGGCGUCAGCCGUGUGAAGCACGUGAAGCGUGUGCUGCUUCUGCUGCUAGCAGCGGGGCAGUGGGUGGUGCCGGCUGCUGGUGGUGGCCUGACGCCGGCCGACGUCACAGCCAGAUGGGCGCAGCGGCUGCACUUUUGGCGGCUGACGGACGUGGCCUGGCCGCUGGAUGAGGCUGCCGUCUACCUGGCGCCGGCCGCUGCUGACGACUGUCACUGCCGUAACCUGUGUCUGGCCGACGAUCGCUGCGUCGCCGUCGACUAUCGCCUGACCGACACCGGGCCGCUCUGCCGCCUGGCCAGUCGUCGCGGCAACGCGACCGGUGCACCGGCCGAUGGCAGCGCCGUCUUCACCGCCGUCCGCGCCGGGCUGGCCGCGUUCGGCGAGCACUGCCUCUGGGACGGGGAGUGCGGCUGGGACGUGGUGGCCGGCCGCUGUCUGGCCGGCGUGUGCGCCUGCUCCGGGGACCGCCUGGGCGACCAGUGCGUGGUGUCCGACUGCCACCAGCUGCUGGCCUCUCCGGCCGGCGUGGCGCCCAGCGGCGAGUACUGGGUGCAGCUGGCGCCCGGCGAGUCGCCGCUGGCGCUCUUCUGCGACAUGGAGACGGACGGCGGCGGCUGGACCGUGUUCCAGCGGCGACAGAACGACACCGAGCAGCUCGACUUUUACCGCGACUGGCAGCAGUACCGCGACGGAUUCGGCAACGUCACCGGCCAGUUCUGGCUGGGCAACGAGCUGCUGCACCGGCUGACGGCGCGCCGACCUCAGCAGCUGCGCAUCGACCUUUUCAGCUUCGAGGACGAGCACCGGUUCGCCCAGUACCAGUCGGUGACGCUGGCCGGAGAGGACGACUUCUAUCGGAUUCAAGUGAGCACCUACAGCGGCAACGCUGGCGGCUCAUUCGGAUCGUGCAGCGGACAGCAGUUCAGCACGAAGGACGCCGAUCACGACACCUACAGCGGCUCGUGCGCCAAUAUGUACCGCGGCGGCUGGUGGUACAGCUCGUGUCACGGCUCCAACCUCAACGGCCUCUACCUGUGGGGUCCGACCGAGCUGUACGCCCGCGGAGUGGUGUUCUCCGGCUGGCUGGGCUACUACUACUCGCUCAAACACACCGAAAUGAAAAUUCGGCCCACAGACGUCAGCACCAGCACCAUGUAG